CUCUGCGCCGCAUCGGUUCCCGGCGCGGGGUCGCGGCGGCGGUGGGAGGCGGAGGAUGCGGGCUCCGGCGGCGGCGGCGCGGGCCCGGGAGGACGCGGGAGGAUGAGGAGGAGGCCGGCGGUCCGGCCGCGCGGCGCCGGGAGGAGGCGCAGGCGGCGGGGGCGGCGGCGGGCGGCGGCGGGCGCGCGGGGUGCGGGCCGGCUCGGGCGCGGAGGAUGAAGUGGAGCGUCCGCGGGGCCUGCGCCGCGCUCUCCUCCUGCCUCCUGCUCGCCUGCGCGCUCAGCGCCGCCGCCGUCGGCCUCAAGUGCUUCUCGCUGGGAUCGGAGCUGCGCGGGGAGCCGUUCCGGCUGGGGGCCGCCGCCGGCGCCUUCUACUCGGGGCUGCUGCUGGCCGCCGGCCUCUCGCUGCUCGGCGCCGCCCUGCUCUGCUGCGGGCCCCGGGAGGCGCCCCUCGCAGGGCCGGGGCCGGGCCCGGGGCUUGGGGUCCCCGCGGCCCCGGCAGGGGCUCCAGAGGACGCGCCCGGCGAGCCGGGGGUCGCAACCGGGCCCCCGGGGCCGGUGAACAGCCAGAACCUGCUCCUGCUCGGCGUCCUCGUCUUCAUGCUUGGGGUCCUCAGCGCCUUCGCGGGCGCGGUGAUCGACGGCGACACCGUGUCCCUAGUGGAACGCAAGUACUCCCACUACUGCCUGCCCCCGCGGGCGCCGGCCGCAGCCCCCGGCCCGGCCGCCGCGGCCCCCGGCCCGGCCCCCAGCGCGCCGCGCGCCCGCAGCACCCUGGACAGCGCCACGUCCGCCAAGUGCCGCCAGCUGAAGGACUACCAGCGCGGCCUGGUGCUCUCCACCGUCUUCAACUCGCUCGAGUGCCUCCUCGGCCUGCUCAGCCUCCUGCUGGUCAAGAACUACAAGUCGUCGCAGGCCCGGCGCGGCCGGCGCGGCCGGAGGAGGGCAGGCCGGGCCCUGGCGCGGCCCCGCGGCGGCCCCGGGCUCCGCGCGCAGCCGUCGGCCUCCCGGGCGCGGCGGGGCCGGCGGGGCCGGCGGGGGCGGCGGCUGCAGCCGCGGCCGAGCGAGGCCUCCAUCCUGUCCCCGGAGGAGUCCGACUUCGUCGCCCCCGGGGACUGCGCAGGCUUCGCGGCGCACCACGCCGUCUCCUACAUCAACGUGGGCGUCUUUCACGCGUUCGACGAGGCGGGCGUGGAGGUGUGCUGCGGGGGUCACCCGUCGGUGGAGCUGCCGGGGUACGCGCCCUCGGACCCCGACCUCAACGCCUCCUACCCCUACUGCUGCCGGCCGCCCUGCGAGGCGGCGCGCCCCUGGGAGCCCAGCCGGGCCUGCUGAGCCCCGGGCCGGCCCCCCGCGGACCGCAGCCGCGCCUUUGCACCGGACCGGCGCGGCGAGGGAGGGCGGGAGGCUGGGCGGGUCCAGAGCCAGGCCUCGCUGGGCGUUGCAUCUUCGACGUGGCUUUGCAUUCUCCGGACUGGCUCCUCUGAGGGCUCCGUGACCACAGGAGGGGUCCUCCGGUAUUAUCAUUUGUGUCUGGGAGGUUUCUCUUCUUUUCUGUGUCGUUCGUAUCCGGAUUCCAUUUUCAAGUUUACAAUAAAUGUUUUGGGGUUGGCGCGCCCCGACCGCACUUCUCUGGCAAGUCCGUUCCCUGGGGCCGCGCUCGCCUGGAGGUCCAGGCGGGGGAAGUGCAGGGUGACUCACGCAGAGAAGCACCUGGCUGAGAGGACAGAGACGCAGCAGCUGGUCCUAUAGGCACGAAGGAAAUGAACAGCACCAACAGCAACACUUUGUACACGGAUGUGCCUGCCUUUGUUGGUACUUUCUUACUGUAAAGCUCUCCAUAAACAGUGAACAUGUUUGGUAAAUUCAUUGCAAUUUAAAAUUGGUGAGUUCCUUUAUUAAAUUAAUUGCUAUAUUAUUGGAGAAUAUUCAUCGAGUUGGAAUUAGAGGAAGUCUAUACACAGAUCAGUUUUGGGGAAAAUGGUUGAAUUUGGUCAAAUGUUGAUUGACAGUUGUAUUCUGCUAGCUGGUGGACUAAAUCCAGCCUCUCUCUGAAGCUAACUUUCUGUGUGUAGAGAGACACGAUUACCACGUCCCAUACAUUUUCUGUUUUGGAAACUAGGUGUGUGGUUUCUACUGCAAAGCAGAGCUUAUUUUUGGUUAAUACAUAUGAACAAUCUAAUCCUAUUUUGGAAAAUCAGUCUUAGUUUUUCUGGCAAAGAUAAUUUUCCUGUUGAUUAAUUCACUAAUCUGGUAAUUUUGACUAUUAUGGCAUUUCAUUUAAAAUAUACCCCUUAAAUAGCCUUAA